UGCCUCCACUUCCCGUGUCGUCAUCAACAUGCGACCAAACCGGGAGCGAGAAGUGGGAGAUUCGAAGUAGCAAAACAAACAACAGUUAUUUAAUAUUUCAUUAAACGAUACUAUCUACGAUCACUUAAAACGACGAGGAAAACCACGACAUCGGAGUAAGCAUGGCGACCCCCAGUAAGACCCCGCCGGGCUCUGACCCCAAGCAGCUGGAGAGGACCGGGACAGUCCGGGAGAUCGGCUCUCAGGCUGUGUGGUCUCUGUCUUCAUGUAAACCAGGUUUUGGUGUGGACCAGCUGAGAGAUGAUAACCUGGAGACAUACUGGCAGUCUGACGGAUCCCAGCCACACCUAGUCAACAUCCAGUUCAGGAGGAAGACUACAGUGAAGAUGUUGUGUAUCUAUGCAGACUACAAGUCAGAUGAGAGCUACACCCCCAGUAAGAUCUCUGUCAGGGUAGGAAACAACUUCCACAACCUGCAGGAGAUCAGACGCCUUGAGAUGGUAGAACCUAGUGGUUGGAUUCACAUCCCCUUCUGGACACAGUCCAACAACCCAUCCAGGACGUUCAUGAUCCAAAUAGCUGUAUUGAAGCAACCACCAGAACGGCAGAGACACAUGAGACAGGAUCAGGUGUACACUCCCGUCGAGGAGAGCUCCAUCGUGCAGUUCCCAAGAUGCACCACGGUCGACUUCAUGAUGUACCGCACCAUCAGAUGA